AAGAAGGGAAAUAAAGCAAUACUUAUUUUCCAAAGACAUGUCGGGGCGGGAAGCAUCAGCUGUUCACUUCCUCUUUGUUUACCUCGGCGACUCCGGGCUCUUGGACCACUUAUUCCUCUUAUUCAUGAGACAGUAUUGAGGUAACAGCUGCAACCCCUUGAAGAUGAAUGGUGAGGGGGUAGACUCUGCCAAGAGUGAUGCCAAUGGCAAUGCCAGCAAGAAAGGCUCCCUUGGGGGUGGCCUCAGGAACUUCCGCAUGGACAAGGAGGAUACGGCCAAAGGGCAGAUGUCCCUGCUGAGAUACUUCAGAAACGAAGGGAAGAAGAAUGCAAAAUUACCUGCAAAAGACAAGUCUGAUACAGAAUCUCCAAAGUCGACGAGCCCAGUAUUAAAGUCUCGCCAGGCCCACAACAAGAGCCUCGAUAGUCCGGCAGCCCAGGAUGCCGACUCCCAAACCAAUAAGACGACAACCUCGGCGAAGAAACCCAUAACCACUAUAUCUGUCCACACAACUACCUCAUUACCAGAUCUGGAUGCCAAAACUUCGUCAAAGACUGUUAUCGAGGAAAGCGAUGACGAGCUAGGCAACGGCGGCGAAAAAAAUACCUCAGAUACCAGCCCAGUGAUCCAGCGGAAGACUGUCAGAGUCAUGGAAGUGUCCAAUGGCACCUCGCCCUCCUCUCCUUCCUCUUCAUCUACCUCCACCACCAGCAGACAAGAGGAAAAGAAGGCGCCGAUCCGUCUGUCAAAGCCUCUGUUCGUCCAGCCGCCAAGCCCUGAUCAGAAGGACUAUGAUGCGGAAACCGAUGACGAGGACGGACCCCCCACCUCCUCUGACAACCCCCUGGGAGGAGUGCCCAUGAAGGUUCUCAUCAACAGCCUCUCGCCCAGCAAGUCUGUCUCGGGCACGUCGAUGGACCAGGACCAGGACAGCCAGGACGGGAUAUUUAUUCGGGUCAAGCCUGUGAAGAGAGCUCGCCUUGUGGUGUCAGAUGACGAUGACGAUGAUGUCAUCAAGCCUCCAGCAAAAAAGAUGCAGCUCAAUGGCCAUUCUGACUCAGAUAGGAUUACUGGUGAAGACGAUGAGAAGAUCGAACAGUAUAUCGAGACAUUUGAAAGCCUUUACCCCAAAAUUGACAAGAUGGAAAUGAUGGAUGUGUUCAGGAAGAAUGAAUGGGAUGCCCAGUUGACCAUAAGAGAUUUGGAUAAAUUAGAGAAAGAGAGAAAGCAAAAGUUCCUGCAAGAACAGAGACAGAAGAGAGAAGAGGAGAGAAAUUCAAAGAAUUCCGAGAAGGAAUUACAGCAGAUGAAGAAGAAUGCCAAAAGGGAAAGGGUCAGAGCACAAAAGGAGUCGUGGAAAGCAAAAGCUGCGGCAAGGAUAGAGGAGCAAGACAUGGAGGAGGAGGAGGAAGACUACAAUUUUGGAGGGUCGAAGGUGUAUGACAGGUAGGUUAGCUAGAUGGCUCCAAGAAAGAAAACUUGCUUAAUAUAAAACAUGUU